CAGGACUCCGCCAGUGUGAGCGAGACCCUCUCCUGGCGCAUUACUCAGCAAGGGGCUCCUCUGGCAAAGGACACCGGUACUCUCUGUUGUUUUGACCUUUUUUCUUCUUCUCGCUUCCUCCCUCCUUUCUCUUACAACGGAUAGAGAGAGAGAGAGAGGACAGAGAAGAGAAUACAAUUUGUUUCUCAUUACGUAUAGAAAUCGAGAAGUAUACAGGCAUUGUAAUACGAAACAUUUAUCUAAAAAAAAGACACGGAAAUCUGUGGAAGUGGAAGUAAAAAAGAUAAACGAUAAAUGAAUAUAUAGAUAAACGAGGAACAGCAGAGAAUGAGGAAAAACUAAAACAAGAUACGCAAAUACGAGAAGAAACCAGAGACGAGAGAAACAUACAAAGAUGGGAGCCUCACGUUAUCAUUUUCACAAGGCAGUGCCAGCCAGGGUAUCUCUAGCAUUCAUGACAGCAGCUGGUGUGAUGGUUUUGUACAUGCUGAGGAUCAAUCUCUCCGUUGCAAUCGUUGCUAUGGUUGAUACCCCGAUUGCAAAGGGGGGAGGGAACAGCUCCGGACCACCAAGGGCUUUUUGUUUGAGGAAUGAACCGCUUGCUUGGGUGAACCACACGCGUGAAGAGCAAGGAACGACUGACGACCCGACGGCUGCAGAGAGUUAUGCUGACCUUCCCGUUGAUGAGCAGGCCAAGGACCGCAUCGCACUGACGGGGACACAAAAGGGCCUCAUCCUGGGCGCUUUCUUCUAUGGUUACAUCUUCACUAAUAUUCCAGGUGGUCGUUUGGCAGAGGUCUACGGAACAAAACGAGUGUUCGGAGGCUCUAUGUUAUUGAGCAGUCUGCUGACACUUGGCACCCCUCUGGCAACCCAUCUGCACUACUCAGUUCUCAUCGUCCUAAGGAUCAUGAUAGGCCUCUGCCAGGGCGUUGUGUAUCCUGCCCUCCACGUGAUGGUAGCUCGCUGGAUCCCGCCCUUAGAACGCCCACGCUUCAUGUCCUUCACAUAUAUGGCGAACUGCGUCGGCUUGAUCCUAACUAUGCCUGCGUGUGGCUUCAUUAUCGAUGCUGUCGGAUGGCCCACGGUUUUCUACGCGAGCGGGUCGGUCUCUCUGGUCUGGGUGGUUCUCUGGUUCACUCUCAUGCACGAUUCACCCGAUCAGCACCCGAGGAUCUCACCCGAAGAGCGCCGGUACAUCCUUGAGGCCCUGGGGAAGAACGUGACUGUGAAGCCCAAGCGUACUCCCUGGCGCGGCAUAAUGACUAACCUGCCUCUGUGGUCUAUCAACAUGGCUCAUGUCGGCGCUAUGUUUGGCUUCACGCUCCUCAUGACCCAUUUGCCUUCGUACAUGAGCAGCGUCCUUGGAUUCUCCAUCAAGAGUAAUGGGCUGCUGUCGGCGCUUCCGUUCCUGACGCAGUUCCUGGGGAGUAACAUCUGCGGGAUGCUGGGCGAUUUCCUCCUGACGAGAGGCUACAUCUCCGUCCUCACAUCUCGAAAGAUAUUCACCACCGUUUCUCUGGUGUUUCCUGCGACCGUCCUCGUCGCCGUCGGGUACGUGGGCUGCAACAGCAUCGCCGCCGUGGCCAUCUUCCCCGUGGGCACUGCCUUCGCGGGGGCCAUCUGCUCGGGCUACUUGGCCAACCACCACGACCUCUCGCCCAAUUUUGCGGGUACAAUCUACGGUGUAACGAACACCAUCGCCUUCGCUGUGGGCAUGUGCGUGCCAGUGGUGGUGGGUGCCAUGACUCCUGAUCAGAGUCUGGACCAAUGGCAAGCAGUGUUUUGGGUGUCGGCUGCCAUGUACUUGGCAACGUGGCUUUUCUACGUCAUUUUCGCCUCUUCUGAUAUCCAGCCGUGGAACAGCGAAGAAGGAGAAAGAGAAAAGGGAGUAAAUGUGGUGGAGAAUAACCACGGCGAGGAAGAGCUGGAAUCUUUGAAUAAGACGAAGGACGAGGCAUAAGGAGUACCUCUAAGACGGUGUGGUCAGGUCAGGGGAGGAAAUGAAAUGCAGAGAAAUAAAUAAGUUGAUGAAUUAUUUAACGUGGAAUAGGGUUCUCACACAAUCAUUUUCCUACACAUGUACGUAUGUGUGUCUGUGUAUGUGUGUUUGAAGUACUCACACAUGCUUACACACAUAUGUGUAUUUGCGUGUGUUGCAGACGCACAUUUACAUAUCGAAUUUUGCGACAUACAAGAUGCACAAAGCAUACCUAAAAUGUAUAUUAAUUUUGAGGUUGUUUGCAUUGAAAGAUAAUGGAACUACAAGCUUGCCCUUCACCGUAUAGGAAGCAAGCUGAUUUUGCGAAACAGGUCUUUAAGGUGUGACUUAUAUGGCACAGAAUGGCGUAUGUGCAAAUAUAUGAUUCUUGUUCGCCAAAACUCGUCAAGGAAAUCGGUUCAACAUAUUGUGGAUUAUUCUCAUUAUUUCUUUAUUUCAUUUUAUUUAUAUUGUUUCUUGUAAAGGGAUAAUAAAAUUAAAAAGACGAA